AUGACUUUUAAAACCGAAGACACGAACGAUUUGAAGCACUCAUUCUUGAGCUCCGAUGGGAGUCUGACUGUUCAUGCUGGUGAAAGAUUAGGUCGUGAUAUAGUCACGAAUUCGAUCACGACCCCUGUAGUCAACACCAGUACUUACUUCUUCAAGAAAACUUCGGAGCUAAUCGACUUCACGGAGAAACGAUUGGUAUGUCACGAGUAUGCUCGUUAUGGAAGCCCAACGACAAAGAUACUCGAAGACAAGAUUAGUGCACUUGAAGGUGCUGAAUCAACUUUGGUUAUGGCUUCUGGGAUGUGUGCAAACACUGUUAUGCUUUUGGCAUUGGUUCCAAAGGGUGGAUAUAUUGUCACAACUAAAGAGUGUUACAAGGAGACGAGGAAAUUCAUGGAGACUUUUCUUCCCAGACUGGGAAUCACUGUGACUGUGAUUGACUCCGCUGAUACCACUGGCCUGGAAGCUGCAGUGAAUAAGCAUAAGAUUUCUAUGUUCUUUACUGAGUCACCAACAAACCCAUUUCUUCGAUGUGUCGACAUUGAGUUAGUUUCAGAGAUCUGUCACAAAAGAGGAACUCUUGUUUGCAUAGACUCUACCUGUGCAACACCUUUGAAUCAGAAGGCACUUGUGCUUGGUGCUGAUCUUGUUCUCCAGUCAGCUACUAAGUACUUUGGAGGCCACAACGAUGUUCUUGCUGGAUGCAUAUCUGGUUCUACCAAGUUGGUUUCCGAGAUUCGCAAAUUGCAUCAUGUUUUGGGAGGUACACUUAAUUCGGUAAAAGUGCAUGCGGCAUAUUUACUCAUCCGAGGCAUGAAGACAAUGCAUCUUCGUGUACAAGAACAGAAUUCAACCGCUUUGAAGAUGGCUCAAGUUUUAGAAACACAUCCCAAGGUGAGUCGUGUUUAUUAUCCAGGCCUUCCUAGUCAUCCGGACCAUCACAUAGCCAAGCGACAAAUGACUGGCUUUGGUGGUGUGGUCAGUUUCGAGAUUGCUGGAGAUCUCGGGACUACGAUCAAGUUCAUCGAUUCUUUGAAGAUCCCUUACAUUGCAACAUCAUUUGGUGGAUGCGAGAGCCUCGUGGACCAACCUGCCAUAUCGUCCUACUGGGAUUUACCGCAAGAGGAGAGGCCCAAACAUGGAAUCAAAGACAACUUAGUUCGCUUCAGCUUUGGUGUUGAAGACUUUGAUGACGUCAAGGCUGACAUUCUUCAUGCUCUUGAAGUGAUCUUGCCACCAUCUGAAAAGUUCUCAACUAUGGUUUAAACUUUAAAGUAAACAAACGGUGCCGCUUCGACUCUAA